AUGGGGAGCGAAGGCACUCAGGAGUCUCAGAUCAAUGACCUUUUCGAUUAUGAUGUCGGCUUAGAUGACAUUCUACGAGAUGUUUCGACAACGUCUAAGACCAAUGCUGCGAAGCCACCCUCAGGGUCUGAAGGCCCAGGAUUAGGAUUGGGUCUUGACGAAGAAGUCAAGGUCUCGAAGAAGCGCCAACCUGUUGCGAAACUGGAUGAGAGCCGAUUGCUUUCUCAGAACGGGAUUCCAAAGCUGCGCCGUACAGCUAAAACAAAGUUGCGAUUCAAGGGAAAGGGACACGAGUUUUCUGAUGCGGCACGCCUAUUGAAUUUCUACCAAUUAUGGCUCGAUGACCUGUUUCCCCGUGCCAAGUUCGCCGAUGGACUUUCCAUCAUUGAAAAAUUGGGUCACUCCAAGCGUUUACAGACAAUGCGCCGGGAAUGGAUAGACGAGGAAAAGCCGAAAUCAUCGAUGGACACGUUCAAAGAUACUCUACCGGAAAGAAGUCAAGGAAACGGACAGCCAUUCCCUAAUGCGCAUAUUAGCGAAUCACGCGCAAACAUCGAGGGUCUCGAUGGCGACGAUACCAAUGCUACCAUGCCCCAGGAUAAAAAUAGGUCAGAUGAAGAGCUGUUCAUGUCAGACGACGAGGGUGGUCAGCACACGUUAAACGAAUCUGAACCUGAGGAUGACGAUCUAGAUGUUUUAUUAAAGGAACAGGAAGAUGAAAAUCCCGCACCGAAUAAGGGUUCAACGAUACCAGAACCCUCUAACGAGGAUACAUACGAAGAUGACCUUGAAGUUCUGCGCGAGUUAGAAGCUCCAGGUCCUUGA